UCGGGAAACAAGAAAAGAAUUCUUCGACGUGCCUUUUUGGCCCACACGACCCCCGCCCCCCACCUCUCUCGCUCUCCUCCAGAACUCCACCCAAAUCCAAAUCCCACUCCGUCCCCAUUUCCCUCCCUUCUUCUGUCCCUGACCGACUCCUUCGUCUCCCAUGAGGAGAACUUUUUAAUCUAAGGGCACGAUCGGAAACAAAACCUGAUUCUGGAGUGAUUGUUUGACGGAAGCGAGGUGGGAGGGAAUGCGUCGAUUGGAGGAGAGCUCGUGCUCCUUGAUUUCGGAUUUUCGCUGCCCUCGGCCAUUGCAUUUUGGUUUUCUAUCUUGUUGACUUCGUAGAUUCCUAAAACAGAAGCAAUGAGUGGCACAUUUAAUGGGCACAUUUUAGUUGACAAGCUUGCUAAGCUUAAUAAUUCACAGCAGAGUAUUGAGACUCUGUCACAUUGGUGUAUAUUUCAUAGGAAUAAAGCAAGGCAAGUGGUAGAAAUAUGGAACAAACAAUUUCAUUGCACGCGAUGGGAAAAACAGGUCCCUUUCCUAUAUCUUGCAAAUGAUAUCUUGCAGAAUAGCAGACGAAAGGGUUUGGAAUUUGUUACUGAAUUUUGGAAGGUUCUCCCGGAUGCACUUAACAAUGUACUUGAGAAUGGAGAUGAGUUUGGGAGAAACACUGUACUAAGACUGGUUAACAUAUGGGAAGAACGUAAAGUUUUUGGUUCUCGGGGAAAAAUUCUCAAGGACGAGCUUUUGGGGAGGAACCCGGAGGGUAGAAAUAGAAAUGAAAAUUUUACUAAUUACAAGUUGCAGAAACGACGUGGUGGUGAUGGUAUACUGGAAAAGCUCAUUUCAGAUUACGAACAUUUAUAUGAUGGUCCUGUGGAUGAGGAAGCUUUAUUUGGAAAAUGUCAAACUGCUAUUAGUUGUGUUGAAAAGGUGGAGAAGGAAAUUGGAAGUGAUUUUAAGUUAGGGAGUCUCAGUGGAUCUAGAGUCUUAGAGGAGUUAGAAGAGCAGCUCAGCAUGCUGAGAGAAUGCAUAGAACAACUGAAAGCACUUGAAUCAUCCAGAAUAACAUUGGUGUCCCAUUUAAGAGAGGCAAUUCAUGAGCAGGAGUUCAAGCUUGAACAAGUCCGUAAUCAACUUAAGAUUACUCAAUCUCGAUACGAGCAAGUAGGCAGCAUCUGCCAGCAAUCACUAAGUGGCAACCUCGGGAAAAUGCCACCUGAGCAGAGGUUGAGGGAAGCAUCUGAAGCCCCUCCCAGUUACACCGCAGAAGCUCCAUCUAGCACUGGAGAUAGAGAGCAAUCAGCUCCUGUAAGAUACAACCAUCAGGAGCAUUUCAAUGAUAAGGCUCCCCGCACCGAAGAAGAGCAGCAGAAAACAGCAGCUGCUGCUGUAGCAGCAAAGUUGGUGGCUUCAACCUCCUCUGCCCAGAUGCUUAGCUUUGUCCUUUCUUCUCUGGCAUCUGAAGGCGUCAUUGGUCCAGCUGCGAAGGAAGAUUCCUCUUCUGGCGACAGGAAAAGGCCUAGGCUGGAAAAUGUUACCUCACCUUACAUUCCACCCCAUUCUCAGCCUUCCCUUCCGCCAUUCCCACAUCCUGAUACACUUUACCAGCCAACACUGCCCCAGCCAUCAUCAUCACCAUUGGCAUAUCCAGGCUCCACCCAUCAGCCUCAAAUGCUUCCACCAACGCCGCCGAUGGCGAUACCACCACCAGCUACACAGUUCAUGCAGGUUGCUGGGUCAAUGACUGGCGUGCCAUAUAGCUAUGGCUCUGCCCUUCCUCCACAAAGACCGCCUCCUUUUCCAGGAUUUGCAAUGAUAAACUCGCCUCCUUUCCCAGGUUUACAAAAUCCAUUUCAGGGUUUCCAAUCACCAGAGGGUGCCAACCUCUUCAACCAUUCCUCAGUUCCUGUGACGCCACCCCAGAUAUCUAGGCCAUAACUUUUACAAUGAAUGAGUUCCUUAAGAGUCCUGCUUGCGAUGGCUGCUUAAUUGGAUCAGGAGUUUUAUUCUGACUACUGUAAAGCUUUGUUUCACUGGUUUAUACACCUUGUGCUUGAAACUUAUAUGACUCAUAUGUGUAUAUUUUAUGUUAAACAUUUGAACAUUUGAAGAACUUCUGACAGAGUGGUCAAUGAAGAUGGAUGCACCGGUCCUGGUGUAUCGCCUAUGUGAUCUUAUGGCCA